UUUGUUUUGUUUCAUAAAUCAAUAUUUUGUGAUCAAUGCUCAAACUCUGAAUGUUGUUCUGCUGUUUUUGUUUUGUUUCAGAAAUCAAUUUUUUGUGGUCAAUGCUCAUACUCUGAAUGUUGUUCUAUUUUGUUUUAAGGCUGUGUUUGGAAGAGGUGAUUGAUUUCUGAGUGUUGUUUUGUUUUUGUUUUAAAGCUGUGUAAUGUGUUCAAUUUUCAUUUUGUAGAAAAUUCUUUGAGGUACAUGAGAAUUAAGAAGGAAGACUAUUUCAACGGUAUUACUCUGUUGAUUCUGGUUUGCUACAAGCUUGAACAUAGAAUUGAAGAGAGAAACCUUUUAUUAUUUCAUCAUUGGCCUAUUUUUGGCAUUGCAUAUCAUUGUAGUUUGUUUAUUCAUAGAACUAGUUGUUUAUGAUCUCCUUUUGAAGUAAAAAAAAUGCAGUAGAAGAGUGUUUAGAACCAGUUGCUUUAUUCAUUAAAUUUUUAUAGAAUUAGGUGUUUAUUAUAAAACGGUUUUCCCGGUUGAACGACGGUUGAACCAAUGAACUAGUGAACCAGUAACUAAAACGGUUUGAUGACCGUUCCGGUUUUUAGAACCUUGGUUCAGAUUCAUUCACUUAGGUUAUGCCCAAAAUUAAAAAUCCCAAAACCCACCCACCUAAUGAGCUGUAGGCGCCGGCCAUACCCCUAGAGGCAGCAGGAGGAGGCAGGCCCGAUUGGCUCCGUUGGCCAGUUCAGAAGGUCGCCGUCGCCGGUGUUGGUGCAGCCUUUGUCCUUGGCCACGUCGCUCUUGUCGCCCGCUUUGCCGCCGUUUCCCGUGCUAUUGUCAUUGCCCGCUGCUGUCGCCGGCGCUUUUGCAGCCUUUAUUCUUGGCAUCGUCGCUCUUCUCGCCCGCCUUGCCUGUCGUCGCCGGCUUUGUUGACACUGCCGUCUCUUGCUGUCUGCUCACUCCCCCACUUCCCUGUUCGUAACUCAGCGUCGUCUUCUUCAGAAUCUUGAGUACAAUAAAGUAGCAACAACAGCACUGCAGCAAUAAUCGAAGUCACAAUCUUCUCUGACACUAAAAUCACAAUCAAGCUACUCAUUCCAUUCAGAUACAAGGCUCACACGUGCUCAUGGAUCUGAGUUCUUUUCUUCAAGCUCUUAUACCAUCAUGGAACUCAGCUUAUUUGCUUCUGGGCUUCUUUGCUUAUUUGGCAAUUGCGGGAUCCAUUGUGCUGGGAAAACUGGUUCCUGGGGUUGUUCUUGCUGAUGGAACUCGCCUUCAUUAUCGCUGCAAUGGUUUAGUCUUGCUUCUUCUGUUGGUUGCACUUCUUGGGAUUAGUGCCAAGAUGGAUUUUGUAUCUCCUACCGCUAUAUCUGAGAGAGGAUUUGAGCUGCUGUCCACAACAUUUAUCUUCAGUUUUCUUGUGACUCUGGCACUGUAUUUUGCGGGCUGCAAGUCACAUAGUAAAAGUUCAUCACUAAAACCCCAUACCACUGGAAACCUGAUACAUGAUUGGUGGUUUGGAAUACAACUAAAUCCUCAUUUUAUGGGUAUUGACCUCAAAUUUUUGUUUGUUAGAGCUGGAAUGAUGGGGUGGCUGCUUAUCAAUUUAUCCGUUCUUGCAAAGAGCAUUCAAGAUGGUACUUUGAGCAAAUCAAUGAUUCUCUUCCAAAUAUUCUGUGCAUUAUACAUCUUGGACUACUUUGUGCAUGAAGAGUACAUGACAUCAACCUGGGACAUAAUUGCAGAGAGGUUGGGCUUCAUGUUGGUCUUUGGAGAUUUAGUUUGGAUUCCUUUUACUUUUAGCAUUCAGGGCUGGUGGCUCUUAGCAAACGAGGUGAAGUUAACAACGACAACCAUUAUAGCUAAUUGCCCUGUCUUCCUGAUUGGAUACAUGGUAUUUCGAGGAGCAAACAAGCAAAAACAUGUAUUCAAAAAGAAUCCAAAGGCCCCUAUUUGGGGUAAGCCUCCAAAAGUCAUUGGUGGAAAGUUACUUGCUUCUGGUUAUUGGGGUAUUGCUAGACAUUGUAAUUACCUAGGUGACUUGCUUCUUGCUCUCUCCUUUAGCUUACCUUGUGGGAUAAGUUCACCAGUUCCAUACUUCUAUCCAAUAUAUCUUCUUAUUCUGUUGAUAUGGAGGGAGAGAAGGGACGAAUCUCGUUGUGCGAAGAAGUAUAAAGAGAUGUGGACUGAGUAUCGAAAACUUGUUCCUUGGAGAAUAUUGCCAUAUGUGUAUUAGAAAGAAAAGAAGAAAAAGAAGUCUCCAUUGUAUUGGCUUUUGCAUUUUUGUGGAAUUGAAACUAUUGAUAGAAGUUGCAUACUGUUUAUGAAGGAGUUUAUUAAUAAGAACCUUGUUUGAUUUUAUGAAAGUGAGAUGAAUAUUUUAGCAAA